GCGGCUGCUCUCACCUCUCCCACUAAACACGCACUUGUGCAGCCCGCUCCAGCACGGCUCGGAUAUGCAACUCUCCUCAUAGCUUUUGUGACAUUAUUACCAACACGACUGGAACAGUUUCCACUGCACCGAGGUGAGGGAGAGGGAGACUUGGGCACUUGUACAAGUUAAUGGUGUAAAAUGAGGUGCUUGGCAUUUUUUCUCCAGUCAGCUUGAGAGACCGCUGAACAUUUUUAUUCCUUUAUUCUGCUGACUGCUUGUACCUACAUUUCUUUGAACAUGAUGUUUUCAAAAAUUCAGUGCAUUCUAGUCUGCCUAAUUUUUUAUAUGCAAGAGAGAUUGUUUGGAGAGUGCGCGGCGGACCUCGGCAAGAAUAAUCAUUUCCAGAGAGUAAUACCUCAAAGCAAUCCAACUAAACCAGUGCUGAAGGUGACAGACUACCAUGUGAAGUGUUCAGUGGUUUCCCGCUAUGCUGUCACUACAAUCCAGAGUUCAGUGUUGAACCAGCUCCCCGUCAUGAAGGAGGCAGCGUUUGAGGUCGACCUGCCGGCCUCAGCUUUCAUCUCCAACUUCACAAUCACCUCCAAUGGUAAAGUGUACGUGGCUGAAGUGAAGGAAAGAGCUGCGGCCAGGAAAAUGUAUGAUGCUGCUAAGAAGCAAGGAAAAACAGCUGGACUGGUCGCUACAAAAGAAAGGGAAAUUGAGAAGUUCCGUGUGGCUGUGAGUGUGCCAUCAGGAGCCCGGAUGUCCUUCUUCCUCUCUUACGAGGAGUUGUUGGUCCGUCGGCUCGGCCGCUACGAGCUGGGUUUAGGUCUGAGGCCUGGACAGCUUGUGCAGAACCUUACAUUAGAUGUCAGGAUCUCAGAGAGGACAGACCUCAGUUUUAUUAAGGUGCUACCGCUCAAGACAAGCCGACUGCUCUCAAACACUGCUCAAGGUGAAACAAACGCCCCUGCGUCCACUCAGGUCAAGCAUAACGCUGGUUGUGCUGGAGUUCAGUACAGUCCUUCUCUGCAGCAGCAAAAGAGCAUUUCCCCCAAAGGUCUCAAUGCCGACUUCGUCAUUCAGUAUGACGUAGACCUCAAAGACCUCUUGGGUGAUGUCCAGGUGUAUGACGGCUACUUUGUGCAUUACUUUGCACCCAGAGGGCUUCCCGUGGUUCCCAAGGAUGUUAUAUUUGUCAUUGAUGUCAGUGGCUCAAUGAUAGGUACCAAGAUAAAGCAGACCAAACAGGCCAUGACCACCAUCCUUGGGGACCUUAGAGAAGGAGACCAUUUCAACAUUAUUACUUUCUCAGACAAGAUUCACACUUGGAGGAAAGGUCGAACAGUGAGAGCGAAUCGGCAGAAUAUUCGAGAGGCCACAGAGUUUGUGAGGCGGAUUAUUGCAGAAGGAUGGACCAAUAUCAACGCAGCUUUACUUUCAGCUGCACAACUUCUCAACCCGUCGUCCUCUGGAUCCUCCAGCCAGCUCCCGUCUCGUCGUGUCCCUCUGGUUAUUUUUCUCACUGAUGGGGAAGCGACUAUUGGAGUAACUUCAAGUGACACCAUCCUUAAUAAUGCUAAGAAGGCACUGGGCUCAGUCUCACUCUUUGGCCUGGCCUUUGGGGACGAUGCAGAUUAUCUUCUCCUGAAGCGUCUGGCUCUGGAGAACCGCGGCGUGGCCAGGAUGGUGUACGAGGAGGCAGACGCCGCCUUGCAGCUGAAGGGCUUUUACGAUGAGGUGGCAAGCCCUUUGCUGUCAGACAUCCAGCUGUCUUACUUGGAUGAUCAGGCCUUUGACGUUAGCCUCUCCCUGUUUCCAAAUUACUUCCAAGGGUCUGAGUUGGUUGUGGCAGGAAGGGUUAAACCAGGGGUCACAGAUUUAAAGGUAUCUUUGUCAGCCACUGAUUCCAAUCAACGCAUGACAUUGGAGAAUAGUGUCCUUAUUUCCAAUAUAAAAAGAAAUGAGAGUACAGCUUUACUAGACUGCUCAGGAAGUUUAGAAGGGAUCUCCAGCUUUGUGCAGCGUCUCUGGGCGUAUUUCACCAUCAAAGAGCUGUUAUUGGCCAAACUGAAUGCCACUGAUCCUGCAACUCAAAGAUUACUAACAGAGAAAGCCACCAAUCUCUCUCUCAAAUAUAACUUUGUAACGCCUGUCACCUCGUUGGUUGUGGUUAAGCCGGAUGCAGAUGAAACAGCUGACGCUCCAACCACUGUAAAACCCACGACUACUGCCACGACAACCACAGUGACGACAUCUACGGCCAACGCCAGAAUAUCAGCUGCCGAUGGUACAAAAAGGCCCAUCUCAUCAUUUAACCCCAGGCUUAACAAGUCAAAACCAGUGUUGCCUCAACCACCCUCAAAUACCCUUAAACUAAAAAAAAAAACAUUAUCAACUAUGGUAACGGAAAAAGUGGUUUCACCAACCAAGAAAACAACAACAGCAACUUUAAGUCCCAGUUCUAACAAAACUGACUCAGCAACAUUCUCUGGAAAAAAGGCCACCGUCUCCCAAAAUGAAUCUAAAACAGCGUCUCUUCCACCAGUUCGAAAGAUAUCCAGUAUUCUGCUGCAUCAUCUAAAAGCAGCACAGCCUCCGGCAUCUGGAAGACUUUCCACCCCUACGCCCACUGCCAUGAAAACAACAUUAUCAGUGACUAGCCAUAUGCCAACAUUUACUGCCAGCGCCUCGUUGCCACUCAGUUCAUCCGGAACAAACCCUGCCCCCCCGUCCGGGAGAAGUUUUAACCAACCUCUCAGUUCUGUGAAGACGGCUAACCCCCCUGGUAAAGUUACAGAGUUGUCUUCAGCGGCAGAAACCAGCACCAGAUCUUCUCCGGACCUUCAUAAGUCUGACACUAUCAGCCCAAACAAGCUGCUCUCUGCCCUGUCGUCUCCCGUCCUGGCCCCGGCUCCCACUGUGCAAGACCACCACGUAAACUCUGCUGCUGAUCGCCACAUGGCCACCCUGUUGUCAGCUACGUUUGCUCCUAUGCCCGGUGUAGCACUGGGACCCCGACUGUGGGAAGCAGCGGAGCUUCUAGAAGUCCCUACUUCCAUUCAGAUUCAAGAAGAUGUUGAGCUUGUGAAAGACUAUGAGCUGACGUACGACUACGACUAUGACACCAACUUUGAAGGCUGGGAUGAUAGAACCGAUACAGGAUCAUUCGUGCAUGGGAGUGAGGAGGACUGUCCUUUAGCUGAAUGUCUUGUGCUUUUAGAAUCUCCAUCCAGAACUUUCAGGAUCCUCUCAUCAUCAGCUGAUGGAGAUCCUCAUUUUGUGGUCCAGCUGCCAAAGCUGCAUCAGAACUUGUGUUUCACAGUAGACGGCAGAGCCAACGAUGUUCUGAGACUGUUGGAGGACCCAGAGCAAGGAAUAAUUGUUGACGGCCACCUAACGGGAGCUCCUUCCAAGCCGGGAGCAAAGGGCCGCACUCGAACGUACUUUGACCAACUGACCAUCUCCUCAGCCACCGGCGGCUCUGGUGACAUCAUGAUCACAUUAUCACUGGACGCUGUAGUUGUGGAGGGGGAAGGACGGGACAUCCUUCCUAUCAAUCAGCAAGGAUCAAUCACAAGGCAGGGUGUGAUGGUAACCAUGGACAACCAUCAGAGCUGCUGGAUCAAGCUGGCCAAGGGUGUUCAGUUCCUGGUUCUGUUCCACCAUUACAAACACCCCAGCUACCUGCAGAUGGCUCAUUUGGGAUUUUACAUUAAAGAAGGAUGGGGACUUUCAGACUCAACCCAAGGCCUUCUGGGUCAGUUCCAGCAUGCUGACAUGAACGUGACAGCGGUUAUGGAUCAGCAACAUCCAGCUGUUCACAAGUCUAGCAAGGAAGAGACUGCAGCAAGUGGGAUCCUGCACUGGGGAUCGGAGGAGAUGCUAGUAACCCUGCAAGACAAGAUGCUGAAAGACUCACUGCAGAAACGCCACCAUGGCAAAUGUUGGGUGGUGCCCAAGGCAGAGAUCGCAAGACUCCUGGGUCAUUCCUAUGAAACCUAUGUGGUGAAUCGUGUGUAACUCUGAGUUGUCUCCAUGCUGGACAAGUCCUGUCACAGCAAUUAUCAUAGCAUGGUUAUCAGAGAAAGGAUGCAGCUAAACUGAGAACCGUGGCUCCAGUUUCUGUAGCUGCUGACUGAGACUCCAUAAGGGAAGAGAGGGUGAAGCAUGAUAGAUGCAGCAAUUAAAACGUUGCAUAUAAGGGAUAAUGAAGAUGUAUAUUUGUUUAAAUACAGGAUUGAAUGGUACCUUUGCGUCUCUGCCUUUACUGAGUGGAUUAGAACUGUCUUCUUCAUCUAUCAGAGACACAGUGUUCUGUUGGUUGCAUGGCAACUACAAAAAGUCUAUUCAAGCUCCAGUACUUUGCUCUAACUCUAAAAUGUGCACAAUGAAGUGAUUUAAUAGUCAAAACCAUUUUAUUUUCUGUCAAAAUAAUUUGUAAUUAUUUAAAUCAGCAUAAUUGUGUAUGUUUUAAAUGAAAUGUAUAUGAAGUAUUACAUGUGUAUGUAAUAGAUAAUCUCCCAAAAUGAUCUAUUAUAUCCCCCACAAUGUUCCCCGCCUACAUGUCAUGAAUGCUGCAUCUUUUAAAAAAGAAACCAGUCCAAGUCAGCCUCUUUCCAGGUUUGCCAUGUGCUUUUUAUUUUUCUAUCAUUUCAUUCAUAUUUUAAUUCAUUUUAUUUGUUACACAAGACAUUAGGCAUUGUUCACAUACUAGUGAUCAAACAAGGACAGUAAGUUUCUACUACUCAGUAUGAACUAUUUAUUUUGUCAAUUUCAAUGGAUAUUGUCAAUAGUGGUUUUCAAAGGCCUUACUGGAUCGAAAUUAAAACAGUA